AUGGCAUCCACUCCCUCCAACCGGCUUAAGCUUACGCCCAACAACUCUCCAUAUCUUUCCCGACCCUCGCGUUCUCCCAUCCGGCCCCGCGGCUUCUGCGAACCCGGCCUGUCUCUCCGACGUGUGAUAGGUACAACCUGCAGCUCCCCGACCGGAUUUGAUACGGUCCACUCAUCGUUCGCCUAUAUUGCUGGCGGCGCCGUGGUGGUGGUGGACGUGUCUGGCGAGCAUUAUUCUCAACGAUUCUACCGGGCCAGACCCUCUGCUGUGCCCGUAUUUUCCGUGUCUCCGGUCUCAAAUUCAUCUUCUACACUGAACAGCACCCCAAAAGCAAACGAUAGUAGGAACCGAGCGGCGCCCUCCCCGCGAGAUGGUUCAUAUGGCGGCUCAGACUGGCUGGACGCACCAAGCUCCAAAACCUGGACGAGUCGAGAGCGCAUCAAGGCAGCCACCUGUCUGGCCCUUAGUAGAGAUGGAAGAUAUCUCGCCGUGGGCGAGACGGGCUAUGCUCCACGGGUGCUCAUAUUCAACCUCCAGGACGUUUCCUCUGACACGCCACUGGUCUCGAUUAGCGAACACACGUUUGGCGUCAACGCCGUGGCAUGGUCCCCAGACACCAAAUUUCUGGCCUCCUUAGGUGCUGCCAACGAUGGGUUUCUUUACCUAUGGAAAAUCGAUCCCCGCACAGGUGCGGCAAAGCUGUUUCAACAAAAUCGGUGUACCGCUCAGGUGAAGGGCUUGUUUUGGAUGGGUAGCAACCUGAUUACGCUGGGCGUUCGUCACGUGAAAGUUUGGAGGGUGGAUGAAGGCUCAAUAGCCACCCCGGUGAAGCCUAGGUUUGGCGGAGAGCAAGCUGCUCAGGCCGCCGCUCAGCAAGCCCAAAAACCCCUUUCCGGAAGAAACAUCCUUCUGGGCACCAUGCUGGACGAAACAUUCGUCUGCGCAAUCGCCAUCAGCGACGAGAAAGCCAUUGUCUGCUCGGAAACGGGCCACGUAUGCCUGUUGGACGACACGAAUAAACAAAUGAAACUUGUCAAGGUGCUGGACCUUGGCUUCAACAUUGGCUGCAUCUCCACCCGAAACGGGAGCGUAUAUGUGGGCGGCAAAGAGGACGGCGAUUUCGCCCUCGUGAGUCUCGAGGGAAUCCUCAGUGGCACGCCAGACCCAACACUUCGGAGCUCACAGACCUCAGAAGGCCUCGCGGCCAUGGGGUUCUUGGCUGAAAACCUGGUGACGGUCAACAGCAAGCAGUCGAUUGAUGUUUGGGGUCCGGAUUACAUGCCUGGGACUACCCCAGACGACACAAAACGCAUCCCUAUACCAGGCCCGGGUGAUCCUAUCGUUGGCACCCAGCGGCUCUCUGCGUCGAAUAAACUCGGUGCCGCUUUCUUCACGUGGGCCGGCUUCGGGCGAGUGAAUAUCUGGGACCUGGACGGCAUGAUCAAAUCAGCCUUUGAUGUUCCCAUUGAACAACUCGACAUGGGCAACGAAGUCGAGGUCAAUCAAGUUGUUGUGGUGAGAGCCACAGGUGACGGCAGCCUCUUCGUUGCUGGCGACAAGCUGGGUGUUCUUCGGAUCGUGGACUCUUCGACAGGAGGGUGCGUGAUGGAGACCAAGGCUCAUUCGUCAGACUGCCAGGAUAUCACGAUUCACGAGGGCCAGUCGAGAACCCUCAUCGCUUCAUGCGGCAGAGACCGAACAGUCCAACUGUUUCAACGGUUGGCGACAGGUGCUUUUGAGCACUUCCAGACACUGGAGUUCACUGCCAAGGUUGUGCAAGUGCUCAUCCCUACUGAGGAUAAGCUCAUGACGUGCUCCCUGGAUCGAACGAUUCAGAUACACGAUUUGGUCACCAAGGAGAACGAGCCGGAUGCUAUGGCCGCGAUACCCUCCAAGGUCGUUUCGCUAAAGGCUUCUCCGUCAUCCAUGACGGUGACACCUGAUGAGAAGGCGAUCUUUGUCGCUUUGCUGGACCGCUCGGUCUGCCAUUAUGAUUUCACAACUGGGCGGCUGCUUGGGUCUUUCAAGUGCAACGAUGAGGCGGGACUGGAAUCUGUCGUUUUGGAAUCUCUCACAUUUGGCCAGCUUGGAAAUGGUGAUCUGUCGUUCUUGCUGGGUAUCUCCAACACGGACAAAUCGGUGCGGAUAUACGACGCUCAGUCUGGGUUGUUUUUGGACCGCGAAUGGGGCCACACCGAGGCUAUCAAUGGUGUCGUUUUGAUCGACGGUGAUGAAGGUGGAAAGAGAGUCGUCAGUGUGGGCGAGGAUGGUACCAUUAUGAUCUGGACGCUUGACUUUCAAGAUCCCGUCGCUAGCGGGUCACGAACUCGCGAUCCGUCACCCGACAAGAACAUUUCGACAUCCACCAGACCGCCGUUACGAAAGGUUCUCUCGAAAGCAGAGUUAGCCGAGUUUCAACGGCCAACAACGUCCCCUGGCGGGCGUAGAUCACCGCCCCGUGCUUCACAUCGGCGGGCUAGUAAGUUCCAUGUGACGACAAACACGGCGAGGACGCCCAACACCGAAAAGCAACAACUCAGUCCGGGGAGCGGGGUAGCAGAAGAGACUCCCUCUCGGCGAGCCUCUUCAGGGGGCAGCAGAUCAGAUAGCCCUCCACCACCCGAUAGCCCCAAGAACAGGGCGCGGAUGUUUCGCCGACCAUCUCUCCCGGCCUUGAACAUGACGCCGACGGCGAGCAUAAAGUCCAAGAAGAAGUCCAACCAAAAUAUGCGGAGCGGGUAUAGCUUUGGCAGCCUCAGCAUGGCCACCGAGCAAACCUGCCGUCAACUACGGGCCUACCGCAAGAAACUAAACUCGAGCGAUUCCAUCAACAGCGAUAUCCUCUCUGAACUCGACGCCGAACUCCGGCUUACGGCGGCGGCGCUGGGGGAACGGGCGAUCAGGAGCAGGAGCAGCCGCGAGCCGGACGAGCACAAGCCAGUCAGCGAGUCGAUGCUGAGCGGCCUACUGGACCAGUAUAGUGAGCGAUUGGUCAGCAUGCUGGACGAGAAGCUUCGACUGCGGCUCAGCGAGGAGGAGAAGGAUUCUCUUGUUAGGGACAGGCCGAGGACCUCUGGGCAAGGCUCGUCGAGUUCGGAGGGGAGCAGGGGGGGGACGUUUACGGAUGCUGUGCUUUGUGAGGAGCCUGGGUCUGCUUGA